GUUUUAAAAAACAAUUGUGAAUGAGUGACAUAAAAAAACUCCGGUGAAUCUUCUGAAAGCGCAACAAAUUAACAGCUCCUCGUUUCCAUAUCAUUCAAACUUGUUCCUUUUUCGAACAACUCUUUUACUUUUGUGAGAUUGGUUUUACGCUCCUUAUUUGAGUGAUUUGUAUAAUGGCUGAUUCUACCGAAAAAAAGAAGAAAAUUCGCGAACCGAAAGAGGUUGUAGUUAUAAAAAACACAUACGACUACCAACGAAUGAAACUCGACCGUCUCAUGAAAAACCCUGAGAAGCCAGUACAAUUACCAGAAAGACCAAAAGAGAAGAAAUCAACACCAGAUACUCCUGACUUUGUUAGAAAUGUAAUGGGUUCUAGUGCUGGUGCUGGAAGUGGAGAGUUCCAUGUUUAUCGUCACAUCCGAAGAAGAGAGUAUGCCAGACAAAAACACAUCCAAAUCAUGUCUGAAAAAGAUCAAAAAGAUGAAGAUUUUAGGCAAAAAAUUGAAAAUAAUCAAAAGCUGGCAGAAGAAAGAACUGCAAAGAAAAGGGCCAAACGACUGAAAAAGAAAGAGCUCAUGAAAGCAGCUGGUAAGAAACAAAAGAAAACAACUGAAACUACAUCAGAACAAGAAUCAAACAGCAGUUCUGAUGAAGCAGAAAGUAUGGAGGAACAAGAAAAACCAAAUAGUGGUGUACCUGAAAAGGAAAAAAGUGAAGAUGUUGUUGCUGACAAAUAAAUUUGAUUGGAGGAUGUAUAGCUGAGCUGUUUUUUUUUUUUUCUGUGAAACCAAUGUGCAAGUGAAAGUACAAAUAAGACACAAUGCAGGUAAUUUUGGUUGGUAAUGGCCUACCAUUCGUGUAAUUUUGUUUGUAAUCAUAACGAAAUGAAUAAUUAAGAAACAUUAUUGGUUGGCACCAUUUUUUAUUUCUUCAACUUUUAUAGAGUUGGGGUGGAGACAGUAGAAAUAUUGGGUGGAUAAGAAAUUUGUAACGCUUCAGAAAAGCGCCUGCCUUAGCUUCACCCCGAACUGGAGCUUGAGGUGUUGAGGCCAACUACCCAGUGGUAGUCGAUCUUUUCUUAAUGACAUUGUUUAUUGAAGUUUUGACUAGAGAGCAGAAGAGGCCACAUGACUUUACUUUAGGUGGGAACAGAGGGAAAGAGUCAACUGCACACAUAAAAAGUAUUUAAACGACCUGGUGACAUCGUGAUUAAAAUUUUUAGGAAGGUAAAAGUUGGAAGAGAAGGGGUGUGAAUGAGCUAUCCACAUGGGGGAUAAGACGCACGAUUUUGACGCGGUAAAA